CUCUGAGCAGCGCCGCUGCAAGCACCCCUCAUGUGACCGCCAGCUUCCUGUGCGCUCCCUGGCCUUGGUGCCGGUGCUUUAGUACGUGCCGUGCCAGGCGCUGCCCCAGCAUUGUACCCUUGCCACUGGGCCCCAGCACCAUGCUGCGCCGCAAGCCCUCCAACGCCAGUGAGAAGGAGCCAGGACACAAGAAGCUCUCCCUCCAGCGCUCCAGCAGCUUCAAGGACUUUGCCAAGUCCAAAGUCAGCUCCCCUGUGCCGAGUGAGAAGGAGUUCAGCUUGGAUGAGAAUAUCCCCGAGGACGAGUCCAGCAGUGCCAGCCCUGACGAUACUGCACGAAGCAGCGGGAUGAGGUUGGGCAAGAAGUGGCGGGCCGUCAUCUCCCGCACCAUGAACCGGAAGAUGGGCAGGAUGGUUGUGAAAGCACUAGCAGAGGGGAAGGGAGACGUGGAGGAGGAGGGGUCCCUGUGCCCCCUGUCCCCAGCCAGCAGCACAGAGGAGACGAGCCACGAAAAGGUGCCCCCAUCUUACCUGGAGAUGGAGGAAGAUGGGCACCCAUCUAUCGGCCGUCAGCUGUCCAGCGGCAGUGAACUUUCCAGCCCCGGCCCCUCGGGCAGCAACCGGGACAGCUUGCAGCUGGAGGAGAGCAGCCCAGCCUACACUGGCCCCUUCUGUGGCCGUGCCCGUGUCCACACUGACUUCACACCCAGCCCUUACGACAAGGACUCACUGAAGCUGCGGAAAGGGGACAUCAUUAGCAUCAUCGAGAAGCCGCCCAUGGGCACCUGGACGGGGCUGCUCAACAACAGGGUGGGCUCCUUCAAGUUCAUCUAUGUGGAUGUCAUCCCUGAGGAGACAGCUCCUGCCCGCAAGAGCCGUGGCCCCAGCAAGAGCAAGCGGCUCAAGCCCAAGACCCUCCACGAGCUGCUGGAGCGCAUCAACCUGCAGGAGCACACCUCCACCCUGCUGCUGAACGGCUACCAGACACUGGAGGACUUCAAGGAGCUGCGGGAGACCCACCUCAACGAGCUGAACAUCACGGACCCCCAGCACCGUGCCAAGCUGCUCACGGCUGCCGAGCUCCUCCUGGAUUAUGACACAGCGAGCGAGCCAGAGGAAGGCGACAGCUCCGAAGCCCAGCCUUUGCCCUCAGAGCUCAAAGGGGACAUUCCCCGGGACUCAGGCUGCUUCGAGGGAUCAGAGACCCUAGACAGCAGCCGGGAAGAUGCUGAAUUGGGUGGUCCUGAGGGGCAGCUGCGGGCUCUCUCCCUGGCAGAGUCGUCCUGAGCCUGCCCUGCCUGCUGGCACUGCCUCGCAGAUGGGCACAGCCCACAGCCGCUUCCCGGACUGGAGGGGACGGCUGCUCACAGGGGAAGCAGGUGAGCACCAGCAGCAGGACCCCACGGCCCUGGCAUGGGACCUGGUGCUGCGUGGCUGCAGGCAGCUCAGCCACUGGCCCUCUGGGGCUACCCCCAGGACAUUUUGCACUGUACUGCGUUGCGCUGCUGCCCCUACACAGGUGCUCCAGGCACCCUGGGGAACAGUGUUCCCUGCCAAGAUGCUGCAGGCCUGGAUUGCCUCUCCUGGGCUUGCCCCACUUCAUCCACAGCUUUUAGAGCUCUUCCCAGAGCCCUUGCUAGCUGGGUUGCACACACAGGAGACUGCAAGGACGGGGAGGUCCAUGGCAGGCAGGGACAGGAGGUCCAGUGCUGAGCAGCUGGGUGCGAGAGCACAGAGGUCCCACUGAGCCUGACUCCUUGCUGGCAAGGAGGACACCCACACUGCCUUCCUCCAGCAUCUUCCUCACACAGCCAGGGCAGGCAGGGAAAGGUUUGCUGGACGGUUUGCAUUGUCUGUGUUGGUGGGGUGCACAGGUGGGUGGGUGGGCAAAGGUUCAGCCAAGCUGAAAGUUGCCCAGCAAGGGCACUGUGAGCCCCCGCUCUCAGCUCAAGGGGAGCCCCAAAGGCUGCCCGCAGCUUGCCAGCGAGCCCGGUCCAGCAGGGCUAUGAAAGGGAGCUGGAGCAACCACCCUGCUGCCCCACAGGUGGCUGGGGGAGGCUGUCACCCCGGACAGCCCCCGCCAUACUGCCAGAUCCUCCCAGCCAGGGCCCCACAGCCUCUCUGCAUGGGCAGGAGCCGAGGCAGGGGCACGCAUCCACAUGGGAGCACGGGGCAGCCUGCUCCCUGGCUCGGGGUAUCUACUCCAGCUCCCUUCAGCCCAGCUCUUGCUGCUCACCACCACCUCCAGCUCCUGCACUGCAGCAUUGGUCUUUGGGCACCCAGUUUGUUCCUUUGCGCUCAAUCUCAAUAAAAACAUGCAAGUCCGUUUCA